AAGUAAAGCACUAGCCCAAAAUCUCUCCUCUCCGUCAAUUCUUCACUUUCUCAAGAACCAAAACAAUGAGGGACGAAGAAAGUCGCCGGAAGAGAACCAGGUGCCUGGCAUGCAUUGCUUUCGGAGUCAUAGCGCAGACGAUUAUCAUUGUCCUCUUCGUGGUGAUAGUCAUGCGCGUCAAGACCCCGAAAGUCCGUUUAGAAUCCGUCGGGGUUACCACUCUCACCACAAGAAACUCCUCCUUCAAAGCUGAUCUCGACGCGCUUGUCACAGUCAAGAACAAGAACUUCGGACACUACAAGUUCGACAGCGCCAAGGCGACUUUCAGCUACAAAGGCACUGACAUCGGAGAGGGCACCAUAUCAAAGGACAAAGCCAAGGCGAAUAAGACCAAGAAGAUCAAUGUGACGCUGUCGUUAAACUCGAACAAGAUCACGGCUAGCGAUAUUAGCUCCGGGAAUGUAACACUGACGGCGUAUGCUAAGUUGGACGGUAAGGUUCAUCUUCUGAACAUUAUCAAGAAGAAGAAGUCUUCCGAGUUGAACUGCACCAUACAUGUGGAUACUAAGGCCAAAGCGGUACAUGUUUUGAGUUGCAAGUGAUUGAAAUCAAAUUAAUUAAUCCGGCCUUCAUUUUUUUUUUGUAAUUUUUUUCUUAUCACUUUUCUGGAUUUGAAGUUUGGGUGUUGUUAUUGAAUAUGACUGAAUUGUUUGGCUAAUGUGUUCAUGGGAGGGAAGUGUCUGUAAUUGUGUAUGUUAAAAGCUGUGUAGUUUCGUUUUACAUAAAUAU